AUGAAUUCACCAGCUUCAAAUUCUUCUGAUUAUCCACAAAAUAAUAAUUAUUUUCAAACACACUCCUCCACGAAUAUUACACUCUCAAGACCUUUCCGAACUCUUCACACUGGAAUUAUUAACGAUCCUGAUGCAGUACAUUUAGAACGAAAGAAACCACUCCGACUGGAAUUAAGAAAAUCAUUUUAUGAAAACAGAAACACAUUUGAGAGCAUUACGGAAGCGUCGUCCAAUAAUUUGGAAAAGUCAACAAAUUCAACAACACCUCAAGCAUCAACACAAUCUUAUCCUUAUACAUCCAUUCUAAUACUGGACCAUGUUUUUCAUAUUGCAAAAUUAUUACAAGCUCGUCACAUCCAUCUCAAAUAUGUGGAACAAAGUGGCGAUACCUAUAUCAUGUUUAGAACCGAUCAAGGAUUGGUUCCAUAUUCUACCAUUCAAAACAAGCAUUGGAUUAAAUAUUUAUUAAUGCACGCAACAGGUAAAGAGGAAUAUGAAAAAGCAGGAGAAGGGGAAUUUCGAUUGGAGGUUAUGACCGAACGAGAUGGUAGACUCGACUUUACUGUGAACGUCGUUUAUAUUCAAGGAGGUGUAAAAUUAACAUUGAGUUUUAUUAAUGUGUAA